AUGGGCAAGUGCGACGCCGCAACAUCCGCAGACUUCAAAUACCCCGAGAACUUCAUCCCGGUCAAGGGCCGCAGCUGGCAGGUCUACUGCAAGGUCUGCACGCCGCCCGACCACGCCCAAGGCCAGCCCAUGACCAUCGCCGCCGCCAUCCGCCACGAGCGCGAGAACGCAAAACACAAAACGAAGCUCGCGGAAGCGGCACUAUGGGACCCCAACUACCAGCCCGAAUGUGACUGGACCACACCGCACGUCCCCAAGGGCGAGUCGGCAUGGGAGAACGAUUACCUGUCGGAACGCGUAAAAGCGUACGUCAACUUCUGGAUGGACGGGAUCGCGACCGCGGCGCGCGACGAGACGCCCAUGCACAUGGACGUCUUCAUCGCGCGGUACGACAAGCAGUACCAGGAGGAGAACUGGCAGGAGAAGUACGAGGUCUGGGGCGCGGAGGAGGGCGAGGAGGAGGAGUGGCCCGUCGAGGGCUUCGACGGCGAACCUGGGCACUGGUAUGAGGGCUAUACCGACGGGUACGAUCUGACGGGCUGGGACGGAGACCAGUGGAUUCACUCGCACACUGCGGAGUCCCUCGCGGUGUUCGCGACGUGGUGGCCCGAGGACCCAGCGCCGGACGCAGGCUGGGGCUUCACGCCUGAAGAGGCCGCGGAAUGGGAGAAGAGCCGGCCGGCGGAAGCAGCCGCACAACCAUCGCCGUCGUCGAGCGUCACGCCGCAGCAGAGCUCAGAGAAGACGGCGUCGCAGCGGUCGAGGCGACGUCGCCGCAACCGCGGCCGCGGGCGUGGCCAGGGCAAGCAGGAGGGGAAGGAAGCCUUCGUGCCCGACGCGGCGACGCGUCGAGUCGAGGCGCACAGGGACCGCCGCGCGAAGAUGUACUGA